AUGGCUUAUUUAUCCGAGCCAUCAUCUUCUUUGAGUUUCAGUUCAUCUUCUCAUCUAUCAAAUGGCUCAAUUACUCACAACAUACCCCACUUCCCAGUCCCAGAAACCGGGGCUAACCUUGAAGCCAUAAGUUUGAGCAAGCUCAGCUCCAGCUUGGAGCGACUCAUUGUUGACAAUUCUCCUGUUUUUAGUGAUGCUGAUAUAGUUGUUGAAGGUGUUCCUGUUGGUGUUCAUAGAUGUAUUUUAGCUGUUAGGAGUAAGUUUUUCGAUGUUGUCUUCAAGAAAGGAUCUGAAUCUAAUGGGAAACCGAGUUAUAACUUGUCCGAGUUGUUGCCUUAUGGCAAGAUUGGACUUGAAGCUUUCCAGGUUUUAUCGAGUUAUUUGUAUACCGGGAAGCUCAAGCCUUUUCCCAUGGAGGUUUCCACAUGUGUCGAUAAUGUUUGUGCUCAUGACGCUUGUCGUCCUGCCAUUAACUUUGCCGUCGAGUUGAUGUAUGCGUCGUCAAUAUUUCAAGUACCGGAGCUUGUUCCACUUUUUCGGCGACGUCUUCUUAAUUUCGUUGAGAAAGUGCUUGUCGAAGAUAUCAUCCCGAUCCUUGUGGUUGCCUUCCAUUGUCAAUGCAGCCAGCUUGUUUCCCAAUGUGUUGAUAGAGUAGCAAGGUCGGAUCUUGACAGCAUCUGUAUCGAAAAAGAGCUUCCUUAUGAAGUUGCAGAGAGUAUUAGGUUGCUUCGCCACAGGUCUCUAUCGGAUGCCGAAGACAACGAGGCAGUGGUUGAUCCUUUGCGGGAGAAAAGAAUCCGGAGAAUACUCAAAGCAUUAGACUCCGACGAUGUUGAACUUGUUAAACUACUUUUAACCGAGUCUGACAUAACUUUGGAUGCUGCUGCUGCCCUCCAUUAUGCUGCAGCAUAUUGUGACCCCAAGGUUGUCUCUGAGAUCCUUGGCCUGCGUCUGGCUGAUGUCAACCUGCGAAAUUCUCGUGGUUACACGGUUCUUCACAUAGCCGCGAUGCGUAAAGAACCAUCUGUGAUAAUGUCACUCCUAGCCAAGGGGGCAUUUGCUUCAACGUUGACGUUGGAUGGACUGAGUGCUGUUAACAUUUGCCGUAGGUUGACAAGACCAAAGGACUAUCAUGCAAAAACAGAACAAGGGAAGGAAACAAAUAAAGACCGGAUAUGCAUCGAUGUUCUAGAGAGGGAAAUGAGGCGAAAUCCAAUGGCCGGGGAUGUUUCUACCGUUUCCCAUACAUUGGCUGAUGAUCUGUACAUGAGACUUUCGUACCUAGAGAACCGAGUGGCAUUGGCAAGGUUACUUUUCCCGAGCGAAGCAAAACUUGCCAUCGACAUAGCACAUGCAGAGACGACCUGCGAACUUGCUAAUGAUCUUCCAUCAAGAAGUUCAAAUGGGAACUUAAGGCAGGUUGAUCUGAAUGAGACACCCAUUAUGCAGAGGAAAAGACUUCUUGCUAGGAUGGAUGCCCUUAUGAAAACAGUGGAGAUGGGCCGACGCUACUUCCCUCAUUGCUCGGAAGUGCUCGAUAAAUUCAUGGAGGAUGACCUUCCCGAUAUCUUUUACCGCGAGACGGGCACCCCGGAAGAGCAAACGAUAGAGAGAACAUGCUUCAGGGAGCUUAAAGAGGACGUCCAGAAGGCAUUUAACAAGGACAAGGCCGAGUUUAACUGCAACAGUCUGUCUUCGUCGUCGUCUUCGUCAUCCUUAAUAGACGGUGGCCCUUACAAGUUCAGAAAACUAUGAAGAAAUGUUAGUCGGUAAGGAUGUCUUGUGAGCAAAACUUGUAAUUAUUCCUUUUGUCUGCUACCAUAUCGCCGGGAAAAACUUGUUCUAUAAGCAAUCCCCCUGGUGAUGAAGGUAGCAAAAGUUAUACAUACCAUUAAUUACCUACAUGAAUUUUAUGUUCAUUAGUCACUUUAGAGAUCUAUGAUGAUAGAAAAUUCUAACUAUGAUUCAUUUCCUUC